AAUCAAAGUGUGAACUGCCGAUUUUUUUGCGAGAAAUUUCUGAAGCGAAAACGCGACAACAACUCGAACAGACGCACCAAAAAAUAMAAAAAACUAUGCGGAUAUCUUCCUUUGCUCUGAGGCUGCUUGCCACGGCUUCUAUGACGGCGGCCGUGGCCGGAUUCACGUCCCACUACCAUCCCACGACGACGAACGCAGCCGAAUCGCUUUCGCCGUUCGCCAGGACGGUGCUCGAGAUGUCGAGCAGCGUCGACAGCGAUACGGAUGCAUCCGCGACCGUACCGAAUUUCAAUGGAGUGGAGGUUGCCAAAACGGGUGGCAGAGGCACCACAACCGCUGCGCAGAAAGCCGUGGCCCAGGACCUAAGCCUGGGAGCGCCCCGUGGUCGUCCGACGGGGGGUCACUACAUGACGAAGGGAGGCAUCCAGGUUACGGCAAGUGUAGAGGGAUUGGACUAUACCAGAACCGGAGAUAAAGCAUCGUUGUCAAACCCAAACUCUUCGGAGGCAGUCAUCGAGUCCUUGGUGCAAAGACUUGAUUCGCACAAGGGGGUAUUGCUGACUAGUUCCUAUGAGUUCCCUGGUCGGUAUGCCCGUUGGUCUCUUGGUUUUGUCGACCCGCCCCUGGAAGUAUCCGGGAAAGGGGACAAGUGUACGAUCAAAGCGCUCAACGAUCGUGGAAAAGUUCUUCUUCCCGCCAUCGAAAAGGCAAUGCAAGAAAUGAAACAAGAAGACAUUUUGUCUAACGUGGACGUCAUUGUGGAAGAGGCAGAAUCAAACAUGGUUCAAAUCGAUGUGACCAUAGUGCCGCCACCUCCAGUAGGAACCUUCAGCGAAGAAGAACGUUCCAGACAGGUGGGUUUCUGUUUGCGAAUUAUCCAAUUCUAGUGUCUUGGAGACAGCAUUGAUGUCUUGCAUAACCGAAGAGAGUCGGYCAUGUUUAUCACAAACUUUUUUUUCCCUGAAAUGUAUUUUUCUCACCCUUGUCACAAUUCUUGCACCACUUCUAUGGUCGAUCCUGUGAAAACAACAAUAGCCAUCGCUUUUUUCGGUCGUUCGUAAACUUGUAGACUUGUUUGGAUACCAAGGUGGAGACGGCCAACUCGGACUGUACGGUGGCUUUGGUUAUGAUCUUACGUUUUCUUUCGAGCCGAUCGAUCUGAAGCAGGAGCGCGAUCCCGAACAACGAGACUUGGUUCUUUUCUUGCCAGAUAGUGUUUACGUGAUCGAUUCCGACAAGCGAGAUGCUUGGCAUGUUCAAUACGAAUUCAAUGUUGACAACAAGUCGACGCAAGGGUUGCCCCGAGUUGGUUUGAGUGAUGAGUUUCAGCCUUUUGAUGAAGAGAAGACUGAGUUUGUCAAACGAGACACCGAAGAAGGGGCUUUUUCGAAGAGCGUCGAACGGGCAAAAGAAGAAUUCAAGGUCGGAAACCUCUUCGAGGCCGUUUUGUCGCAGACCUUCCGUGAGAAACUUACACCAGAGAACAAGCCUUCAACUAUYUUCCGACGAUUGCGCAAACGUAACCCUGCACCCUACGGAUUCUUUAUCAACUUGGGUGAACAGGAAUACUUGGUUGGGGCUAGUCCCGAAAUGUUUGUCCGAUGCGAAAGCAUUCAAGAGAACGACUAUGCUCCUGGCGCGAUGCGUGUAGAGACGUGCCCCAUUUCYGGUACCGUCGCACGCGGUGCCGAUGCCCUGGAGGACGCGCUGCGGGUCAAAUCACUCAUGAUGAACCAAAAGGAAGAAAGUGAGCUGACCAUGUGUACGGACGUCGAUCGCAACGACAAGUCGCGAAUUUGCGAACCCGGAUCCGUUCAAGUCAUCGGACGCCGUCAGAUCGAGAUGUACAGUCGUCUAAUCCACACAGUCGAUCACGUCGAGGGUUACUUGCGACCGGAGUUCGACGCUCUGGAUGCCUUCUUGUGCCACACCUGGGCGGUAACGGUGACCGGUGCACCAAAAACCUGGGCCAUUCAGUUCGUGGAAGACAUGGAAAACUCGCCCCGAUGCUGGUAUGGUGGUGCCGUCGGACUCGUUGGAUUCGACGGCAGUCUAAACACUGGGCUCACCYUGCGUACGGUUCGCAUCAAGGACGGAAUCGCAGAAAUCCGUGCGGGAGCAACUCUUCUCACCGACUCUACCCCUCUCGACGAAGAAUUGGAGACCGAAUUGAAGGCGUCGGCCAUGAUCGAUGCAGUUGUUCGAACAGGCAGCGACAGCAGUGACGCCGCUAGUGACGCAGAAACACCCAAGCCUCCGGAAAAUGUUGGGGAAGGCAAGUCUAUUAUUUUGAUCGAUCACGAGGAUUCGUUUGUGCACACACUUGGUAACUACUUGCGUCAAACCGGUGCCACGGUCAAGACGUUACGAAGUGGACCUUCUGCCCUGGCUGCCAUCGAGAAUAUGGUCGAGCAGGGGAWCAAACCCGAUAUGGUGGUCCUAUCUCCGGGCCCGGGCAAUCCUUCGGACUUUGGUUUAUCGAAUUCGAUUGAGCUGUUGAUCAAGCACGACAUUCCAGCUUUUGGAGUAUGCCUCGGACUUCAAGGAAUGGUCGAGCAUUUUGGCGGGAAACUAGGAGUCUUGGGCUACCCUAUGCACGGAAAACCUUCGGACGUGACCCUGACCAAAGAUGGUAUGGGGGACAACAGCAUUUUUGCGGGACUCCCCGAAACGUUCGAAGUGGCACGAUAUCACUCCCUGCAUGGCAUUCGUGAGGAAUUGCCGGCGGAACUCAAGGUGACUGCUCUUACCGAGGACGGCAUUGUGAUGGGCAUUCAACACGAGUCUCUUCCGAUGGCAGCGGUCCAAUUCCAUCCGGAAAGUAUUUUGACCAGUCCCGCCCACGGGAUGGCGAUUUUAAAGAAUUUUAUGCGGUUGCACGCUAUGAAAGAGAAUUAAGAAAUAAUCAUACUACAUACUA